AAAACUUGGUGUCAAUCAGUGAGAUUCCAUCGUGAACUGUGAAUAGAAUUUAUAGCAACUUUUUUCAAUACUUUUAUUUCACUCCGAAAGAGCCUUUCGUACAACAGUAAAAUAUAACAAAGAGAGACAAGGACAUAGUGAUGGAAUACAGUCAUGAGAUUUCAGAUGACCACCUUGUUGGUCAGAUGACUUGAACAACAGAAAGUCACUCAAACAAUAUUGCAUUUAUGAAACAGAUGGCCAAAAGAAACAUAAUUAUUCAUCCUAUUUACUGAUAAUGACGUUUCCCUGAAUGUUGUUUAAAGAAAUAGGCUGACAUUUUAUGAUUUAUGUUCAGUCAGUUUCAUGAGGAGAGUAAGAUAAUAAGAUUGAUGCCGCUUUCAUAUCUGCAUAAAUAUGACACAAAUGCUUAGCUCAAUCUAAAGACGGCAAACAUGGGAUUUAGCCUGGCUUUGUCCAAAGAGCAAUGAUGGAAAGUAACAUUUACCAAAACACUAUACUUGUGUACAAUUUGUCAUUGAAUAUUUCUAUUUUAAGCUAUUUCAUACUUUCACACUGCAAUAUUUCACAGGGAAACAAUACACUUUAUAUUCCACGACAUUUAAUUGACAGCUUUAGAUAUUUUCAGAUGAAGUUUUUAAAAUACAACACGUUGUUAAUGAUUAAACUAGUGGUUUCCAACCCUUUUAGAUUCUGACAUCUUCAGUACUACAGUGAGUUGUUAAGAGCUUGACCAAAUAGUGAUUUUCUCCUCUAAGGUUCUCAGAUGAUUUACAUACAAUAAACAUUUAGAUGAAUCAAUAUCUAAGCAAAGACGAGAAAAUACUGAAAAGAGAAUUGUGUAUCAGAACCUCCCCCCCUUCCCCUUUCCUCCCUUAUUCAUCAUGUGACAAGUCCCCAGGUUUAUCUGCUGUUUCUAUAUAUAAAAUCAAUACAAAGUAGUUCAGACUCCAGCAGCUACAACAGUAACAGGCUGUUGAUAUACCCAUGUUUCACUAUUGUCAAUUUAAUAAUCUCAAAUAAAAUACUGUAUGACUCUGAGGGAAUAAAGCAGGGCUUUUACUUUAAUGCUUUAACUACAUUUUGCAGCUAAUAUUUCUACAUUGCUAUAUUAGUACUUUUGCUGAAGUAAUGGAUCUGAAUACUUCGAAAAUAUGUCAACAUCUCUUCCACCACUGUUCAAAGGCACUAAUUAGCAUGAAGUAUAAAAACUACCUGUUGAGGUUUGUAUAGGGUUACCUGAACGCAACUCGGGCUGUUUCCUUGUAUUUAAUGGACCGACAUCAGAAUGGUUUCAUUUUCAAAUUUCAAUAUUCUCUUAACAAAAAAUAUUACAGCAACAAAUAUUUAUGAGCCAUAUGCAACGUGCAGAGGUUUCCCCCUUUUCAAAGAGAGAUCAUAUUUCUGUUAGUGCUAAAAUGAUUUUUUGAUCAAUGAAUUGUUUAACAAAAUAAAUUGAUUACUGUUUCUGUCAUGAAUUAGUUGUUCAAAUCAUUAAUCAAUCAUUCUCUGCUUCCAGCUUGUCUCAUUUUUCAGUUUUAUAUAAUCCAUCCAUUAUCUAUACGCCACUUAAUCCUCAUUAGGGUAGUGGGGAUGCUGGAGUCUAUCCCAGCUGAUUUAGGGUGAAGACAGGGGACACCCUGGACAGUUCGCCAGUCUAGCACAGGGCUACAUGUAGAGACAAACAAUCACACUCGCAUUCACACCUACAGAUAAUUUAGAAUCACCCGUUAACCUCAGCAUGUUUUUGGACUGUGUGAUGAAGCCAGAGAAAGCUCAUGCAUGCACAGGGAGAACAUGCAAACUCCAUGCAGAAAGAUCCCGGGAAGGUGUGGGCACUGUAGGAUUUCUUAAUAUAUGUUUGUAAGGGUUAAAUAGUUUCUCCACCAAUUAUAACUAUAAGAUUAUCAAUAAUAUUUCUCCACCAAUAUUAAUGUAGGAUUAAUGUUUGCUUAAAUGGGGUUAAGGGUUUUAUGCAGAAUCAUUACAUACCUGAUAUUUGACCAGCGAGGUAUUUAGAUUAGACAAAUAUAAUAAUGCAGCAUAUGAAACACUUCUUGUUGCACUGUCAAGAAGAGCUUCAGGAAUUAUAAGGGGAAUUAUUUAGCUUGACAGGUUAUGUAUAAAAUUGAGAUAGCUGGAAUCUAUACAAGUUAGGGACCAAAAUGUGAACAACAAAACAAUUGAGGCACCGAACUUAUAUUCAUGUACAUUUAUUAAACUAAACUGAACAAUAACAACAACAAUAACACACAUUAAGACGAACAAACAACAACACAAAACAAAUAAGAUGGUGAAAUGUGAGUGAAGGAAAAGGGAAGGAACAGAACACAGUAGUUUAACGUAACACAGGGAUUAAUAUUACGCUUCAAAUAUGGUGUUCUGAGGGAAAGGGAUAAAGAGACCACACCUGAAAGCAGCUAAUUUGAUAGUAGGCUAAUUUGUUAGCCUGUAAAUUUUAUCUUUGAGAAGAUAAUUUGGGAAAGUUGCACCAAGUUCCAGUGACUGAAACGUACUUGCGUGCUGUGAUGAUGAUGAUGAUGAUGCUGCCUCGGUGGACGGUCCAGUUGGCCUUUGUUGAUGUGGGUCAGAACAGCGGUGGAUAGAGUGAAGCCUCGGAACAAUGGAUCGCUCUCAGAUAGGAGGACCCGAUGGUCAGGGAUUGUUCUGAUGGUAAAGGAGAGCUCCUGGGUAAAGGAGGACUCUUGGGUAAAGGAGAGCUCCUUCUUCGAACAGAGGACUCAAAGUGGUGCUUUCAGAUGUGGUCUUUUAAAGUGGACCUUUGCAUAUCAUUAACUUAUUGAGGGUCUGGUGCAUCAUCCUUCAGGGAGGGCUGAUGUCCAGAUGUCCCUCACAGAGUUACAUUUUCAGGUAAUUUUUGUGGUGUCUGUAACUCCAAAAAUAUUGUAAUUUAGUGAACAUGAUUUAUCUAGGUGCAUUACUGACAGACAGGGGAUCAGAAUGAUACCAAACAUGAUCAUGUGAAUGACAGUUAUGAAUUAUCGCAUUGAUACUAAUCAGGAGGAAUGAAAUAUUAAAGGCAAGGCAAGAUGUGGAUUAACUAUGAAGUUAUUAAAAAGUUCACUUGUUCUGUGAAAUGGAUGUACAUAAAAAGGAGUUGAGUCCAGAAUUGUGGGAUGAUUGUCUUUGUUGGUUCUGAUUUGAGUUCAGAGUUCCUUUGUCAGUGAGUGGAAUGUCUUUGAAGAUGUCAUCCAGGUUCCUGAGCCCCCCUUCAGUGGCUCAGGAACCGAAUGUCCGAAUGUGUACUGGCACACACUUUCUCAUUUAUGAUUUUUGUUUAUUUGUAUUAUUUUUUACAUUGUAGAUUAAUACUACAGAUUAACACUUUUUUGUUUACAACAUAAUUUCAUAUGUAUUCUUUUACAAUUUUGAUGUCUUCAGUAUUAAACUACAAUGUAUAAAAAUAAGUAAAUAAAAAUCAUUGAAUGAGAAGGUUUGUCCAAACUUUUGACUGGUAGUGCAUGUAACACAACUGACAAAAGAAAAAGCAGAUCUUGAACAACUUUGUGGUACAUGUUGUAAUUUUUGGUGUAAUGAGAACAGCAGCCAGUGACACACAUAAAAUAACCCUAAACAAGGCUGUGGUUUAGACAAGUGACCUGGCUCAUGCAGGUGUAAAAUCCCGUGUUCACCCCAGUAGUGUUCACACUGUUGAUCAAUGAUGAGGGGGCUGACCGCAUUGGCAGCGCUGUAUGUGGCUGUUGUUGCAAAGGAAACGUUUGAGGGGUAAGUGGGCCUGCCAGAACCUCUCACUGCUGGAGAUCAGGUUCUUCGAAUCAUUCCAAAGGAUGACGUCCAGCUGUCUCUUAUCAAGGAGCUGGAGGACAUGAUCCACUUUGAGCUGGACUUCUGGAGAGAGGUGACUGGUGUGACCACUCUUGUUGACAUCAGAGUUCCCUUCCACAGCCUGCAGUCUGUCAAGAUUUACCUGGAGACACAAGACAUCGAGUACUCCAUCAUGAUUGAAGACCUGCAGGUGAUGCUGGAUGAGGAGCAGGAGGAGAUGAUGUCUGCUGCUUGUGCCCCUGAGCCCAGAAACACUGACAGCUUCGACUAUGCCAGAUACCACACCAUCAGUGAUAUCUACAGUUUCCAGGACAUGCUGGUGGCUGAGAAUCCAAACUUGGUCAGCAAGAUUGUGAUCGGUCAGAGCUAUGAGGGCCGUCCCCUCAAUGUGCUCAAGUUCAGUACUGGUGGAACCAACCGUCCCGCCAUCUGGAUUGAUACUGGAAUCCACUCCAGAGAGUGGGUCACUCAGGCCAGCGGCACCUGGUUCGCCAAGAAGAUUGUGACUGAUUAUAGACGUGACCCUUCUCUCACUGCCAUCCUGGACAAUAUGGACAUCUUCCUGGAGACUGUGACCAACCCUGAUGGAUACAGUUACACCCACACUGCUAACCGCCUGUGGCGCAAGACCAGGAAGCCCAACCCACGCUCCAGAUGUGUGGGAGUCGAUCCCAACAGGAACUGGGAUGCAGGUUUUGAAGGACCUGGUGCGAGCAAUGACCCCUGCUCACAGGCCUACCGUGGACCCAGAGCUGAGUCUGAGUCUGAAGUCAAGUCCAUUGUGGACUUUGUGAAGUCUCAUGGCAACAUCAAGGCCUUCAUCUCCAUCCAUUCCUACUCUCAGCUGCUACUCUACCCCUACGGCUACACCAGUACUCCUGUCAAUGACAGACCUGAGCUGGACAGACUGGCUAAUAAGGCCACCACUGACCUGGCCUCCCUGUACGGUACCCGCUACAGAUUCGGCAGCAUCAUUAACACCAUCUAUCAAGCCAGCGGUGGCUCAAUUGACUGGACCUACAACCAGGGUAUCAAAUACUCCUACACCUUCGAGCUGAGGGACACCGGACGCUUCGGCUUCAUGCUGCCUGCUGAUCAGAUCAUCCCCACCGCCCAGGAGACCUGGCUGGCUCUGAUGGCCAUCAUGGAUCACACCCUCAAGAAUCCAUACUAGUGUGUGUGUGCGUGCGUGCGUGUGUGUGUGUGUGUGUGUGUGUGUGUGUGUGUGUGUGUGUGUGUGUGUGUGUGUGUGUGUGUGUGUAUGUGUGUGUGUGUGUGUGUGUGUAAAAAUAGGAAUCCCUGAUGAGGUGACAAAUGGUGACAAAUUUCUCAUUUAAAUUGUAAUAUUUAAAAUUAUCAUCAGUGACUCUUCAGUCAUCCUGAAAACCAUAAGCAGGCAAAUAAAUGAGGAUGCUGGAAAACUGACACUGCCAUUCUCUUAAUGAAAGACAAAUUCUUCUAUGUUCUGAAUCCUCAUCUGUAUUGUUUUUACACUCCUUAAGCCUCCAAAUACAAAGGCCAUCAUCAGACAAUCUUUACCUGCUGAAAAGAGAUUUAAAUUAAAAAAAUAUUUAUUAUAAAUCUAAGUGACGCUUAUAGUGAAAAUGUAUUCCAUCAUCAAGCUGUAAAAACAUAUUCCAAAGUUGUAGUUAGGUCCACAUAGAUAAAAACAUCAGCUAGAUACCAAAAAGCAAUUACACAAAAAUUGCAGAGCUACAGAAAAACCGAACAAGUUACACGAAGUACCACAAAAACAAUGUCAAUAUUAAUAGUAACCUUUCAAAACCUUUCAAAGCUAUCUACAUUGGAAGUUAAUGUGUCAGGCAGAAUAAUAUUUUUUUUUGGGAAACCCACUAAAUCGCUACCACUGCUACCAUCAGUCUCAAGGAAAACAUGGCUUAUUAUUGGAAUAUCAAUAUAAAAAAGAAAAACAUUAGAAUGCUCCUUGUUGAGACUUAAAACUUACAGUUGCUUAAGAAACUAUCUAGACCCCUUCAUAUCAUUUGCACAUUAUGCGGUUCUAUACAUUUCAUUUUAAAUGGAUAAAAGUGAAAACAUAUUUUCAGAAACACUUUUAAAUCUCAUCUCAUGUUUUGCUUUGACUUGUGAUCAGUUACAUCCAGUUUGCUUUAAUCAUCCUUAAGAUGUUUCUAGAAUUUUACUGGAGUCCACUUGUGGCAAACUAAAUUGAGUGGAGUCACUGUUCAGAAAGGUUGACACCCAAGUAUAAACGGCCCCGCACUUGCAAACUUGCUGUAAGGACACCAGCAGUACAUCCAUAGGUCUGUGUGGGGUGAGACAAAAUAAGAAACUUACCAUUCUCUGAAAAGUAUACAGGUGGACUGCAAUCAAGUUAUAGUAAAAUCCUACGGAUGAUUAAACCAAACUGAAUGUAAGAUCACAAGUGAUUUAGAUUAAAUAGUAUCAAACAAAACAUCUGUGUUGUUGGUAGUAAACUGCUUGGGGUGUUCAAAACUUCCUUCUGUGGUUCAUCCCAGCAGCGUCCUUCAUGGACCACUGAUGGCUGACAAGUUAUGUAUGAACUAUUCAUUCUCAUCACACACAAUGAAGAUCUUCCCUGCUGUAUUUUUCUACAACCCAUGUAGAUUAAGGUCUGCCAAGUCAAUAGACUCAAUGAAAAUGUCUUCACAUGGUAAAUUAGUGUAGUUCAUGUCAAAGGAUAUGUAUUCCAGCACUUCUUUGGUGUAAGGGUUCAUUCUUCAAGAUAAUAUAGUGAUAGGAAAACUGUGCACUGUAGGAAAGAGAGACUUUUCAAACUAAAAUUUUAAUUUUCAGCAUAAAAAUAAGUUUCAUGAAGCAGCUUCAUGUUCUUUCUACUUGUUUUGUCACUGGGUGGUUUGUGCUCUUUAGUUGUUUUAUUUCAUUCCAUUCCUUGUUUACUUUUGUUUUGCUGUGUAUGGUUCUGGUCUUCUAUCAAUGAACAUUUCCAUCAAGUUGAAAUGAAUAAAGAGAAAAUUAAGACAUAUUUUAUA